AUGUCUCUCGUCGCGAUAACAGAAGGCGCAAAAGGUCCACAAGUGGCUGAACAUGACCAAAAGCUCGACAUCGUCAAACGCAUGGGUGAUGGGGAGUUGUGUUCGAGCCUCGCUGCGGAGUUUGGUGUCAGCAUACGCACCAUGCAAGUGCUGAAAAAGACGAAGGAGAACAUCGUGAAGAAGAAGUGUUCCCUUUUAGACCAACAAGGGUCACUGAAAAGGAAGCGCUACACCGGUGUCGUCGGGUCUGACUUCGAAAAGAUCAUUUAUACAUGGUUCAUUCAGCAGCGAGACACUGGGUUUCCGAUCUCCGGGUUCCUUCUAAUGAACAAGGCGAGCACAUUGGCCGAAACACUGGGACGCCCCAAUUUUAAAGCCAGUACUGGGUGGCUGAGGAAGUUCCAGCAGCGGCAUGGAAUCCGGAUGAUACGCGUAGACGGAGAGAGGCUAUCGAGUGAUGCUGUGGCUAGCGAUGAGUUUACGAAGAUAUUUAGCAGCUUCAUCGAAAUCGAAGGAGGGUCCGUCGACAACGUCUAUAAUGCUGACGAGACAGGUUUAUUUUGGAAAUGUCUUCCAAGGAAAACGUUGGCUCCACGCAACGAACAUUCGGCUCCGGGACACAAACUUGCGAAGGAACGAGUCACCGUAAUGACAUGCGCCAAUGCAACGGGAACGCAUAAAGUUCCGCUGCUGGUGAUAGGAAAGGCGAAGCAUCCGCGGGCCUUCAAAAAUGUUAACAUACUCCCGGUGCAGUAUGUUAACCAAACAAACGCAUGGAUGGACCGCUCAAUAUUUAAGGAGUGGUUUACUACGACGUUCAUCCCUGCUGUGGAGAAGAAGAACGGGAAGAUCGAGAAACUAAUCUUGCUUCUCGACAACGCGAGGUCGCAUCCAUCGGCUGAAGAACUGACGGAGCUAUAUCCGCAUUGUACGGUGGUAUUUUUACCACCCAAUGUAACGGCUCUCAUUCAACCGAUGGACCAAGGCGUCAUCGAGUGCACAAAAAGAGCGUACCGUAAAGAAUAUUGCCGAAAAUUGCUUUCUUCAACCGAAGGCCACCUGAUUGCGAACCUUGAGGUGCUAGUGAAGAAAUGGACGAUUUUGGAUUGCGUUCGAACAGUCGCAAUGGCCUGGGAUUCGGUUUCGGAACAAACUCUUCGGAACGCCUGGAAGAAAGCUCUCCAAGGCGAAUCAUUACCUACUGAUAACGACGAGGACAUUGGAGCUCUCCAACAUCUGACUAGUCAGCUAUCGUCGGAAAGGGUUACUCUGACGGAGACGAACGAAUGGCUCCAAGUAGAUAAUCAUGAUCCGGGAUGGAGAAUUUUGACACUCGAGGAAAUCACAGACUCCGUCUUACAUAACAUUGAGCCAGUCAAUGUCGUCCUUAAUGAGCAUGGCGAAGAUGCAGAAGAAGACGCAGAAGACACCAGCAACGAGGAAACAAGCAUGUCUAAUAAUGAUGCAUACAAUGCGCUUAAUGGAUUAUAUAAGUGGUUAGCAUCGAAGCCAGGUGCAGACAGAGCACUGCUAGCGGCGUUGGAUAAAGUUCAAUCUGUAGCAAUCGAUGAAAUGUUAAAUAGGUUAAUAUGA